UCCCAGUCCACAAUGCUUUAAAAAUCUUGAAACGAAGAACGAAGAGCCCAAACACGCGGGAGGUCGUCUUCGUUCGUCGUCGUCUUCUUCUCCUUCUUCGUCUUCCUUCAGGUUCAGUUCGUAGGGUUUUGAUUCAGUCUUCCUCCUCCUCCUCCUCCUCCGUUUCCUCUCGUCAUACGGCGAUCCAGAUCGCCGGGCGAAAUCUGCAACGCUCAAUCGCGGGGCCCCGGCGGGCGGUUUCGGUAACCCUGAUUCGGCGCGGCUAAUUGUUGCAGCCUCCGCCGCUUCCGUUUAGGCGAAUUGAUCCGUAUGGCGCCCACGAGGAAGUCCAGGAGCGUGUACAAGCGAUUCUCGAAUUUAAAUGAGGUUUCUCCGGAUAAAGACGUGGGGAGUUCGAAGAGCAGUCGGAAUCGGAAGAAGAAAUUGUCUGAUCUGCUAGGGCCGCAGUGGAGCAAGGAAGAGCUUGAGCGCUUCUACGAAGGUUAUAGGAAACAUGGGAAAGACUGGAAGAAGGUGGCUGCUGCUGUGCGUAACAGAUCUGUUGAUAUGGUUGAGGCUCUCUACAAUAUGAACAGAGCAUAUUUAUCCCUUCCUGAGGGUACAGCUUCUGUGGUUGGUCUUGUGGCAAUGAUGACUGAUCACUACAAUGUUCUGGAGGGAAGUGAUGAAGAAGAGAGCAAUGACAGAACAGAAGUAAGAAACACACCGAAACGCAAGCGUGGUAAAGUUCAGCUUGGUGGUUCAAGAGAAGACCUGCAUGCCAAAGCCGACUUAUCUAAUGAUGGUUGUCUGUCAUUACUAAAAAGAAGACGUGCUGAUAGCAGCGAACCACGUGUUGUUGGAAAAAGGACUCCUCGUUUUCCUGUUUCUUUCUUGUACAAGAAAGAUGGCAGAGAAAAUCAUGUUUCGCUGAGCAAGAGGGGCCGGAAGUCAGUGGCUGAUGCUACAGAUGAUGAUGUUGCACAUGGAGCAGCACUAGUGCUAACUGCAGCUUCCCACAGGGGAGGCUCACCACAAGUUUCUCGAAGUCCUUAUGGUAGAAAAGUGCAGUCAAAAGUAUCACCUGUUCAGAGCUGGGAAAGGAUGCAUUCGCAAUCGAACGCAACCAAGUAUGGUGAUGCUUCUCUGGAUGAAGAAUGGCUGGAAGGGAGCAUUGGCAGUAGGGGAACGGAAAAUGGAGACUAUGAAAAGUAUACAAGGUCCUUGAUGGACAUAGAAGGUGUUGGCACAGUAGAAGUUGGUCGGAAAGGGAAGAAAUUCUAUGGAAAGAAAGAGAAAGUUGAGGGCAUAGAAGAGAAAGAGUUUGAAGAUGGUGGCGGAGCUUGCAGCGGAACAGAAGAGGGAGGCAAUGACAAUUCACUGAAGGGAAAAGUCAAGUUUGAAGCUCCAAAUGAGAAAAUAGAGCAUUCUCAUCAAACUCAGAGAAAGAGAAGCAAGAAGCUUUUUUUUGGAGAUGAAAGCUCUGAUCUUGAUGCUCUGCAGACAUUGGCUGAUUUGUCAUUGAUGAUGCCAGUUUCCACCAUGGAGUCAGAAUUUUCUGUCACAGAAUCCUCUGUCCAGUUGAAGGAAGAGAAAACAGCUCGGGAUAUAGAUGAUAAGUUUACUGUGCCUGAAGCCACAUCUGCAGAUCGUCAAAGAGAUAAAGUCUUAGGGAAGGAGAAAACUUCUGCAGUUGACAGUAGAAAAUCGAAUCUUGCAAGGGCCUCAGCUAUCAAUUCUGAUGCUAUCUCCAAAGCAAAAGGGCAAUUGCUGUCGAGCAACAAAUCAGGGAAAAGAAAAUCUAAGCCGAUGGCAUCUAAGCUGCAGGUGAUAAAUGCUGAAGCUCAUAAUAAUUUUCAUCUAGGUGAAUCUCUGAAAAAUGAGGCCUCAGCUGAGGAAGGAAAGACACUUGUGGGUCAACCAUCUAUGGGAGAGUUUAAAUUAGCUUUUGCAAGAGAGUGUAGAGCGUCUCUUUCAAAAGCGAAGAAAUCAGCUAAAUCUGCACAGAACUCGUCUGAUAUUGAUCAGAAAGGAAGGGAAACUGAUUUGGUGGGGUUGAUCAGUCAGGUUCCUGCUGAAAAUCAGGUCAAUUUACUGACUAAAUCAAGAAGUCGAAGAAAGAAAGAUCUGCAGCAGGCACUUAAACCAAAAGAGAUGAGUGGCUCCGAUAGCACAAUGAGGAAUCGAAUUGAUAAACGUGGAAUAUAUGUUCAUGAUAAAGCACUUUAUUUAAAGGACAAACUGUCGUCUUGCCUGUCAUCCAAUUUCGCUCGGAGGUGGUGUAUUUUUGAAUGGUUUUAUAGUGCAAUUGAUUAUCCGUGGUUUGCAAAGAGGGAGUUUGUUGAUUACUUAAAUCAUGUUGGACUUGGGCGCAUUCCUAGGUUAACACGUGUUGAAUGGAGUGUUAUAAGAAGCUCACUUGGCAAGCCUCGGAGAUUUUCUGAAAAUUUCCUACAUGAAGAGAGGAAGAAACUUGAACUAUAUCGUGAAUCUGUGAGAAAGCACUAUACUGAACUUCGCACUGGUGUUAGGGAAGGACUUCCCACAGACUUAGCCCGACCAUUAUCUGUUGGACAAAGAGUGAUCGCCCUUCAUCCGAAAACUAGAGAAGUUCAUGAUGGCAGUGUCCUCACUGUUGAUCAUGACAAGUGCAGGAUUCAGUUUGAUCGUCCUGAUAUCGGAGUUGAAUUUGUGAUGGAUGUUGAUUGCAUGCCUCUAAAUCCGCUGGAUAACAUGCCAGAGGCUCUUAGGAGACGGAGCCUCUUUGUUGACAAAUUCCCUGUGAUUUCUAAAGAACCUCAAAUGGAGGGCAAUAUAUCUUUUGGAGGGGGCCUUCUUUAUGAUUCUACUGGGCAUCUAGCAAAUGUCCGGAGUCCCAUAAGUAAUUUGAUGAAGCAAGCAAAGACUGUUGGCUCCUAUUCAAUGAGGAAUCAAUGUGGCAGCUGUAGUUGGUCAGCUUUAAGCUGCUGGAAAGACUCGAACCAUGCAAUUUUUCAAGGCAAAGUAGCUGCUCCAGGUGUGGUCAGUACCCAACAGACUUUCUGUAGUCAGCCUUGCAGAACGGUGUAUAGCCAGGCAAGAGAAGCUGAUAUUCAGGCUCUUUCUGACCUAACUCAUGCUUUGGAUAAGAAGGAGGCUUUGUUAAUGGAGCUUAGAAACAUGAAUAAUGAUGUAUUGGAUGACCAAAUUAACGAAGAUGGCUCUCUUAAGGAUUCUGAAUCUUUCAAGAAGCAUUACGCCACGGUACUUGUACAGCUAAAGGAAGCCGGUGGCCAGGCUUCUUCUGCUUUGGUUCAUCUGAGGGAACGGAAUACUUAUCCAGGAAAUCCGCUGCCUCCUUGGUUCAAGACUACAGUGAAUUCUGUUACCGCAAUUGGCCUUCCCAGAGAACUUGAUAAAUACUUAUAUCCACAUGAGUCAGGAUGUAACGUUCAUGAAAUUGUGAAGGUUUCAAGAUUGAAAGCACAGACGAUGGUGGAUAAAGCUAUUCAGGCGAUAUCGUCUUUGAAAGAGGGGGAAGAUGCUUUUACAAGGAUUGGAGAGGCUCUUGAUUCGAUAAAUGACCAACAGCUGACUUCUGAUGUCAAGUUAUCAGGUGUCACAUCCCCAGAGAAGGUCAAUGGCAGCUUGGUUCCUAACAAUCAGUCAAAUGCCUGCCCAUCCGAGACCAACCAGCUGUCUGGUUCAAAACCUUGUACAACUGAUGCCGACAAGAAUGAGACUCAGAUACCGGCUGAGCUGAUCACAUCAUGCGUCGCUACUUUGCUCAUGAUACAGACGUGUACGGACCGACACUAUCCUCCAGCUGACGUGGCCCAGAUACUUGAUUCUGCUGUGACGAGUUUGCACCCUUGUUGCCCCCAGAACCUCCCUCUUUACCGGGAGAUUCAGAUGUCCAUGGGCAGACUGAAGACACAGAUGUUAGCGCUAGUGCCGACCCAAAUCUGAUUUCUCCAUCUUUGGGUCCAUUGAAGUUGGGUAAUGUAUAUAAAUAUCACCAGAACAAUCCGGUUCAUCUUCACCACAUUCUGUAUCUGAUUGGUCCGUGCUAUCAAUGAAGCCAACUCUGUAUUAUCUUCGCCGGGGUGUAUACUGUGUCUGAUUAGUGUUCUUUUUUACUCAGUCCUCGGUUUUCUUCUCAUUCCCUGCUGGCGCUGUAGUUCCCAUUUCUUAAAUAAACGUUGGUAGGUUUGUCAUGAUAACCCACCUAGUUGGAAAAUAAUGUAACCUGUUGUCCCGAUUUUCUUCU